AUGGCGCGAGCUGCGUCGAGCGCGUUCGUGGCGAGGGCGGUGAGGCGGAACCUGACGUCACUGGCGCGGAUAGAAGCGGGCGUGGAUGCUGUGUGCCGCGGGGUGCGGGAGGUGGAAGGCAGAUUGGUGGGCGAGUUCGCAGACAAGGGUAGCGCGGGUGGCGAGGAUGGCAAGGUGCUGGCAGCUGAAGCAGGAAGAACAGCAGGAUCAGGAUCAGGGGAAGGAACAGGAGCAGGAGCAGGAGCAGGAGCAGGAGCAGGAGCAGGAGCAGGAGUAGGAGAAGGCGCAGGAGCAAAGCGUGGCACGUGGCCUGAGGCGUGCUGGCCGGUGCCGCACAUGCCCUUCUCCGAUGUCAAGGCCACCAGAGCGAGUAAGUUCCUCGUGUUUGCCCACUCCGACGAGCAGCUCUCCAGCACGCGCUCUCACCUCGCAGAGGCUGCCCGCUUCGCUCAAGCCACCAACCGCAUCCUCGUGCUGCCCAAGGUACCACUCGUGUGCUGGCCAAGUCGCAGCCGCCUCUCACUCUCCCGUGACCUGCCCCUAUGCGCCUACUUCGACCUCUCUCGCCUCGAUGCCCACUGGAUCUCGCCCGACCUCUUCCUGCUCCUCGCUAGAGCCGCUCUCAACCCCCCCUUUGCUGCUGCCGCACCUGGCACCAGCCCUUCCGUGGCCUUCGUGCAUCUGCAGAUGCAGCAACUAUGGCACAUGCCUUUUAGUCAAAGCAAGUACCAUCGGCCAAAGUGCCUGCUCACGUUUUGUUUAACCUGCAAUCCCUAG